AUGGUCACUACCGAUCCUUUUGAAGAUAUCCUCAACCUCGAGGAAGAAUUUUAUUCCACCGGCUACAACCAAGGGCUCUCGGAAGGUAUAACCGCCGGUCGCAUAGAAGGGCGAACUUUCGGACUUGAGAAAGGGUUUGAAAAAUACGUCGAAAUGGGUCGGCUACACGGGAAAUCUAUCGUAUGGGCCAACCGAACCCCUUCUUUUCAAAAGUCCAAAAUCUCCACAAUCUCAAGCCCAGAGCUCGAGCAGGAGAGUCAGACAAAAGAAGGAGAGAAACCACAUGAUCUCAAAUUGUCCGAACUGGCCAAAAAUGAAAGAUUGGCAAAACAUGUGAAAGUAUUUCAUGCAUUGGCGGAAGCAGAAAGUUUCUCGACAGAGAAUUCGGAAGAGGCAGUCGGUGAUUUCGAUGAUAGGUAUAAGAGGGCGGUGGCAAAAGCCAAAAUCAUUGAGAAGAUGGUUGGGGAGGGACAAGGACAAGGAGGGGCAAAAAGUAGUGGAGAUGGAGCGAUUGAGGAUGUUAGUGUUAUGAGAGCUAGAUGA